AUGGCGCCAAAGAACAAAGCUAGGGUUUCCGAUGACGAAGAAAUGGAAGAUCAACCUCAAAAGAGUCUCUACCAGGUUCUUGGUUUGGAGAAAACAGCUUCUCAACAGGAAAUUAAGAAGGCAUAUUACAAGUUAGCAUUGCGGCUUCAUCCUGAUAAGAACCCUGAUGAUGAGGAAGCUAAAGAGAAAUUUCAACAACUGCAAAAAGUUAUUUCCAUUCUCGGUGACGAAGAGAAACGAGCCCUUUAUGAUCAGACUGGUUGUAUUGAUGAUGAUGGUCUUGCAGGAGAUGUUCAGAAUCUUUACGAGUUUUUCAGAACAAUGUACAAGAAGGUCACUGAAGCUGAUAUUGAGGAGUUUGAAGCAAACUACAGAGGAUCUGACUCAGAGAAGAAUGACUUGAUUGAUAUGUACAAGAAGUGCAAGGGGAAUAUGAACAAGCUUUUCUGUUCAAUGCUUUGUUCCGAUGCUAAACUUGACUCACACCGAUUCAAGGACAUUCUUGACGAGGCUAUAGCUGCUGGAGAACUUAAGGCAACAAAAGUGUACCAGAAAUGGGCUAAGGAAGUGUCAGAAACCAAACCACCUACAAGUCCUUUAAAAAGAAAGGCAAAAUCGAACAAGCAAUCUGAAACAGACCUGUUUGCAGUCAUAUCACAACGCCAAAAUGAGAGGAAAGGCCAGUUUGAUUCAAUGUUCUCGUCUCUAGUAUCGAAGUAUGGUGGUGACAAUAUGCAAGAACCUUCUGAAGAGGAAUUCGCAGCUGCACAGAAAAAGCUGGAGAAGGGAAGGUCUUCAAAAACACCAAAGCAAUCAAAGCGAAAGUAA